UGGUGGGGGGAAAAUGUGGUGCUCGUUCAAUGCAAUUUCGCGAACGGUGGUUCCUAUAUUUUCAUCGAUGUUGCGAUGAGGUGGGUGCAUCCCGUGCUUGGUCUAGAGCUGCAAGCGCAGUUAAGCUGGCUGGCUGAACGACUGCCGGUGUAUAUGGUGUACACUCGUAGCCACUAGAGUCAUCAAAUGAGUGCGCGCGGUCGCAAUCUCAGGAAGAAGUCGCCGUGUAGUCAUCUGCUCGGCGUCGGUUGUUAUGAACUAUCUCAACUUCUUUCGCACUUCAAUGCUUUGCGGGACACAUCACCUCGAUUUUGUUUAUCAUCGCCAGCUCCAUGUAUGACGUGUGGAUACGCACGCCUCACACGAGGUCACGAUGUUCUAGUUUGCCUUCACUGUGGUCAUGUCGGCUGCUGGAACCCUUUCAUUGCACAGGAUGGACUGCGGGGCUCGGGAAGACAUGGGCAGCUCCAUUUUACAAUGGAUGCCAGUCAUUGGCUCGCUGCUCACGUAGGCCGAUUUGAGCUCUACUGUGGUCGCUGUGGUGAUUUUGUCAGCGAUGACUGCUUCCAAAGUCGGUUAGAUAGCCCCUCGAUCAGGCUCGCGAGGUGUCCGAAUUACAAUUAUUUCGUGGAAAGUUCCGCAUGCGUAGAGGCGACCUCGUUGAAAACAAAGUCGACUAUCUGGCCAGAGCGUGCCUUGGGUGAUAUUCCCUGCCUUCAGCACUUCAAAGGCGAGCCAGACAAACGUGAAUGGGGAGGCCGAGGCCUUCGAGGACUUGUCAACAUGGGAAAUACAUGUUUCAUGUCAUGCAUCCUUCAAGUUUUAAUCCACAAUCCAGCCAGCCAAGCAUACUUCCUCGAACGUGGCUGCGCAUCGAGAGCUUGCCUCGGGAAAACAAUUGUUGCCUGUGGCGAUUCCGAGCGCACGAAGCCUGACAAAUUGUGGAUUUCAGAGACAUGCAUCUCAUGCGAGUUGGCAUAUUUCUUUGCGGCCAUUUUUGAACACAGGGACGGAGCACAACGCACUGCUGACCCAAUUGUCCCACACCGCUUAUUGUACACAGCGUGGAAACUUACUGAUCUCAUGAUUGGCUAUGGGCAACGCGAUGCUCACGAAUUUCUCAUGAUUCUCCUGGACGGACUUUUGAUGCACUGUAGCCGAGAUCAAGCACAUAACUCAAUAAGUUUCAUCCACAAGACCUUUCGGGGUCUUUUCCGAUCCGAUGUUGUCUGCACAGCAUGUGGUACUACAAGCUCAUAUACUGAACCAUUCUUUGACUUGAGCGUCCCUGUCGGCGACACUGCGAGGCAAAAUGUGGAUGCAGAACCAGCUAGGCCACUGUGUUUGGAGGACUGCCUAGCCCACUUUACAUCUGUGGAAGUUCUUGUAGAUGCACACAUCUGCAGUGGUUGUGGUGCAGCUGUGAAGCGAGAGAAGCAGCUCACCAUCGAGGCGCUUCCAAAUGUUCUCAUCGUCCAUCUGAAGCGUUUCGACGCCCUCGGAUCAAGGAAAGUUACAGAAGUGGUCGAUUUCCCAACCGACAGUCCUCUUGAUCUUGGUCCGUUCCUUUCGAAAUGGCGUGCGAAAGCCAAUAACAAAUCUUCAUUGCCAACACCCCAUCUCUAUGAAUUGAAUGCUGUUGUUAACCACCAUGGCGACGCAAACAAAGGCCACUAUACAUCUUUUGUCAAAGACGGCGGUCUCUGGUUCCUUUGUGAUGACCAUAGCAUAAAACAUGUCGAUCUAGAAACUGUCAAGCAUAGUGAAGGGUACCUUCUCUUCUACAUUCGCAAGGUCAUGGCGGUAGCUAGCUAGCCGGUUGGGAUGUUGGCAAUUUCAAGUACUGGCCUGCCCGGACUUCCUGGGCUCCCUGGAGUGCGCUGCGCGCGCCCACUUCUACCCGGGGAACACUUGGGGACCGCGGCAUGUCGAUCCUAACUAUUCGAAAUAAUCCUGGUUUGCUC